CAAGAACCCUUCUAAUUCCAAAAUAUAUACCACGAAGUAAACACAAACCGAAUUGUAAAUGAUUUCUUUUGAGAGCAUGGUAGAUCAGUCUCGCGUCAUUGGCUACUAAAACUGACCUGCAGGAGCCGACAGAAAUGAAAUCGGCAAGCCUUCGGCCCGGUUCGAAUGUCUUCGGUGUGCUCACAUGCAGACGAGGAGAACACAAGACGGGGAAAAAAAAAGAACCACGAUCGUCAGUCUGCGAUAGCCAGCGCGUCCCCAGUCGCGUCAUCUCUAUCAACACGCACUUGCACAAAUCACCGCGUCUUUCCUGUGAAACCUCCCACCAUCAACCUGCCAUCCCCAUCAUUCAUAAUCCAAUUCUCCCACCGAUCCAAUCCACAUACCUCCACUCCCAUCGGGCCAAGCCAUCUCUCCAAGCCAAAUAGAAGAUGGAGAACCGUCCUGUCGAGGCCGUCAUUGGGCCCACCCACUACGUCUCCAUGCCACCCUACAUCCGUAGAGAAGUCGUCCACGACUGGGCCACCAUGGAGAGACGAGUGCGUUGGAAAACCGACUGGCGCCUUUGCACCAUCGCCGGCCUGCUGUGCAGCCUCAACCUGCUCGACUCGGGCAUCCUCUCAUCGGCAGCUGUCACCACCAUGCUGACCGAUCUGGACCUCGACCAGGGCUCACGCUUCUCGGUGUCCAUUUUUAUCUUCACCAUUGCCAGCGUCGUCUUCCAGUUGCCCUGCACCCUUGCCGUGCGGUUUGUCGGUCCCCGUCUGUGGUUUGCAGCCAUCACGUUCGCCUUUGGCUUGUUGACCCUCUGCACUGCGUUCAUCCAUACCUGGCGCCAGAUGAUUGCCCUGCGUGUGCUGCUGGGUAUCGCCAUGUCGGGUAUCUACCCGGGCUUGACAUACAUGAUCAGCACGUGGUACAUGCGCGAGGAGCAACAGCUCCGAUUCGCCUUUCUGCAGGCUGCCGAAGUUUCGGUCCUGGCCACGGGCAACCUGUUGAAUUUCGGUCUGAACCAUCUAAAUGGGAAGGCCGGGCUUGCCGGCUGGCGGUGGAUGUAUCUCAUUCAAGGUCUGAUCACUUGUGUCCUGGGCAUCAUCACGUAUUGGUGGAUGGUGGACUUUCCAGAGAACUCUGAGCACAGUUUCAAGUUCCUGACCAAGCGGGAGUCGCAUGUUGCCGCGGCAAGAAUUCAGGACGAUCGUGCGGAUCUCCAGGUAGAGCCUUUCUCCUGGGCCCGGAUUCUGUACUGCUUCAAGGAUGUGAAGAUCUAUGGCUUUGCGAUUAUGUUCUUCCUGCUGAACCUGGUUUCGACGGCACUGUCAUAUUUCCUGCCGAUCAUUCUGGAAGGGGGCAUGGGGUUUUCUCCAAACAAGGCGAUUCUACUGUCGGUUCCGCCUUACUAUUACGCCGUCAUCCCCGUUGUCGUCACCUCUCUGGCCGCUGAUAAGUUCCGCCUCCGAGGCCCCUUCAUCGUCUUCAACGCCCUGUGCAUCGUCGUCGGCUUUCUCAUGUUCGGACUGCCCCAGUCCACCCAGGUGACAGUCCGCUAUAUCGGCACCUUCCUAGCGACCGGGGCAUACAUCUCCAAUUGGGCGGCACUGAACGCGUAUCAGGCCAACAACGUGGUGGGCCAGUGGAAGCGGGCCGUGACAGCAGCAAUGGUCAGUGCCUUCAAUGGUCUGGGAGGCGUGGCGGGCAGUUAUAUCGUCCGUCGGGUGGAGGCUCCGCUCUUCCAAACGGCAGUCUGGGUGUCGGUGGGAUCGCAGAUCCUACUGAUGGUGAUCGUGGCCGUAUUCACUUUGUAUUUCUACAAGGUGAACCUGCAGCAAAAGAGCCAGCAACGUGUGAUCGAGCACGUGCCUUCCUUCCGAUACACCUACUAGAGGUGGUUGGCUCUUUCCUCAUAACGGUCCACUCAUGACACAAAUAGCCGUUGCUGUACAAUGAAUGAAAUGAUGACUUUGCGUUUGCGUUUGCCCAGAUACCGGGCCUAUUAUUAGCAUUACAUCCCUUAUCUCCCACGUCUUAAACGGUCAGAUAGUACUGAUGCAUAAAUCAAUAUUCUAUUAUUGAUGACGCUCA